AUUACGAAGUUUUAUACAAUGAGCACAGAUGGUUGAUUUCACUGUUGUAAAGCGCGGGUUUUAUUUUUCUUUCGCAUGGUGAUGUUCCCCCUCGUAUAUUUCGUAUUCCUGCUAAUGGGCACACCGGGGGUGAACCCUUCCGUCCUUAGGAACAUCCAACAAGCUGCAGAUGUCGAGCCUGUAACAUUAGAAAUCCACAGUGCUUUCGGUAGAUACAAACGAAGUCUAGGAUUCACCACUCCUCCCGAUGAUUUACACGUGAUAGUGACGUCACCAUCAGACGUAUUGUCUUUAUAUGUGCAGCGUACGCGACGUCAUGUGACCAUGCCCAAAAUUUACAGUGCAACGGAGAAUGGUUUUGUGAAGGAGGAUUCAGUGCAAACAGCGGAAAGUAUAUUCUACGUUAACGACACGGAUAAAACUGCAAUCACUUUGACAUGGAACAACAUGACGUCACAGAAAUUUUAUGGGAGUUUCGUCAAAGACAACCAUGUGCACUUAAUACAGCCGGACUCUGAAGCAAUGCACACUUCACCGGGAGAGAUAGGUCCGCACGUGAUCAGCAAGAUGGAACUGUUGGUAGAUUACUUUCGAGACGCUGUGGUCAUCCAAGAUAGCAUGGACUCUCCUGUAAAAGAUGAAAGCCAGCGAAUUAGUCGAGAGCGACGGGAGGCGACAAGGAACCGGAAACACGGCGAAGAAGGAAGUAGCCUUCCUGAAACUCAGAGACGGAUCCGUGGACGUCGUCAGGUGAUCCGAAAGAACCUAUAUAUGGAGUAUGGAAUCGUGGCUGACUACAAGAAUUACCAAAGAUGGCUUUCGACUACCAACAGUAGCCUGUCUGAUUCAGAAAGGGAUUACAUUACGAAGAACCGAAUGGUGGAGUUUUAUGGUCAUGUGGUCAACUCGAUUGAUGCUAUAUUCAAAUCAGCUGACAGUGAGCGUUACACCUUCAACAUAAUUAUGUCUGGUAUCGUUAUCUUCAAUGAGACGAACACUCCCCCAUGGACUCAUCACCAUGCCUUGUGUCCCGGAUGUAACAUUGUCGACGAUUACGAGGUGCUCAGACAGUUUUCUGAUUGGUCCAAGCAGUUCUUGCAGAACAUCAUACCGCACGACCACGCAACUCUGUUCACAGGGUUUGAUCUGUACUACAGAGACCUGGACUCUCCCAAAACAAUAGGUUUGUCGUUCCUAAGCCGGAUGUGCGGUAACUGGUCGGUAUCGGUGGUGGAGGAGAAAAUGAACGCACUAACAGUCCACGUGGCAGCACAUGAACUCGGACACAAUUUCGGGGCGUCGCACGAUGGAAGUCAAAAUGCAGAUAUGUGCUCAGCCAGGGAUCUCAAUCUAAUGGCAUCCAAGAUGUCACGUGUUACGGACGAAACCAAGGCCAGGAAUCCAUGGGAGUUUUCUGCUUGUUCCCUUCACAGUAUCUACGAUUACAUCGAUAAAAUAACAAGGGAGCGAAGAAAUUGUCUUCUUGGAGUUCCCGCUAUGCAAAACCGUCAAUUUCUCCCACAGCCAGGGCGGGUAUACUCCGCCGAUGAACAGUGUCAGAGUUCAUAUGGCAACCAAUCACGUGUUUGUAGGAAUUAUCACCAUGACGACUGGACGUCAAUGUGUUACGGACUCGCUUGUUUUGUCCCCGAGAAAUCGGAAUGUCACGUGAUCUUUCCUCAUGACGGCACGCCAUGCGGAUAUCAAAAGUGGUGCAUACGGGGACUUUGUGUUAACAGCAGUCAAGCAGAGAAGGUCUCAGAUAUUUGUCCCCAUGGCGAUGACCCCUUUGUGACCUGUGCUCUGUCAGACUGUAGGCGAGGCAGUGGUCGGCUUGGUGAUUGUUGUCAUUACUGUCAACAUGCUAAGACAAAAACAACAGAAACUCAAAAUGUUAUCCCAACUUCAACCCCAAGGGUUACCACAAGUGAUGCUUCGGCAACGUCACAAUCAUUCCAAACAGCCAAAUGCAGCACAGACAACACAAUAGCAAAACCCAACACUGACGUCACAAUAGCAAAACCCAACACUGACGUCACAACAACCAGACACAACACUGACGUCACAACAACCAGACACAACACUGACGUCACAACAACCAGACAAAACACUGACGUCACAACAGCCAGACACAACAUUGACGUCACAACAACCAGACACAACAUUGACGUCACAAUAGCUAAAUACAACACAUACGUCAAAACAGCAAAACACAACACAGACAACACAACAGGCACUGUCUUAUCUAAAUCAACAUCUCAACCUGGUUUGACAUCAACAACAGCGACUCGUAAACAAAGUGACCGAGGCAUCAGUCAAUCCAUCACCACUACGGGUAUAAUCACUUUAAACACUACACAGUCCCGUCAGACCGUCACACAAACAUUCAGUGAUAGACAGGUUCUCAAUCCAAAUCUGCAAGCCUCAGUUGGAGUUUUUCUGUCUCUGGUUGUUCUAUUGUGACGUCAACCAUGAUUAGACAAUUUACUAUGAAAUCAACAUAAUUAGACAUUUCAUUGUGACAUCAACAUGAUCCAACGUUUGAUCGGGACGAUAUUUACAACGGUGGAGCUACAGAACUAAAGAUACAUAUAUGUACUAUAACAUUCUACAUGUUUAAAUUUGUAUUGAUACUAUUAGACAUUUCAAUAGGAAUUGUAUCCGAAACUCUUUGAGUUGAGCUGCAUAAAAUCAAAAUCCAA